UGAGGAGUGGGGAUAACUUCAUACAUGAGCCCUCUGUGAUGAAGAGCUGCUGUCAGGUGACCACCUACGAUGUUUGGACCAGUCAAGACCCUGCAGCUUUGACCUGAUCCUGGUGGAAUAUGCAACACGACAAAUGGCUGUUUAAAGACGAACUGACACCACACGCAGACUGAGAAGAAACUUUGGAAGUGGUUACUGGAUCGAGACGGUGGCCACGGACAGCCAUGGGAUGUGGGGUCUCAAAGUCCAACCAUUUCCACAAAGAUUCCAAGAAAGCGCUGAGGGCUGCUGUGCUGAUCCAGCGCUGGUACCGGCAGUAUGUGGCCCGCACAGAGAUGAGGCGCAGAUACACCUGGCACAUCUUCCAGUCGGUUGAGUAUUCUGGAGAACAGGCCCAGAUCAAGCUUUAUAACUUCCUUGGCUACCUCAUGGACAAUUUUACGCCAUCCAGCAGCGAACGAAAUUUAAUCUCGCACAUCUUCAGAGAGAACGACAUAAGUCUGGAUGCAGAGUGGGAGAAGUACUUCUGCUACAAGAACAUCGAGGUGCCGGAGAUCUACUCAGGGCCACAUCUAACCUUCCCGCUGACGGUGGAGCAGGCGGUCAAUCUCUUGGAGGCCUUCAGGAACAAGAGACAGCAGCUGCACUCGCGCUACGUCCUCCAGCUGCUUUUGGAGACGUGGAAGCUGCUCCGCAUGUUGCCAAAUAUCAACCGCAUCUCCACCUGCCACAGCAAAGAAAUCACUGUCUGCGGUGAUUUGCACGGACAGCUGGAGGACUUGCUGCUGAUUUUCUACAAGAACGGAAUGCCAUCUCUUGAGAAACCCUACGUUUUUAACGGGGACUUUGUGGACCGGGGCAAGGACUCCAUCGAAAUCCUCCUCAUCCUGUUUUCGUUCCUGCUGGUUUAUCCGUGUGACGUCUACCUGAACAGAGGCAACCACGAGGACCACAUAAUCAACCUGAGAUACGGCUUCACCAAGGAAGUGCUGACAAAGUACAAGAUCCACGGCAAAAGGAUCCUGAAGCUGCUGCAGAAGAUUUUUAGCUGGUUGCCACUGGCAACGGUGAUUGACCAGAAGGUGCUGAUCCUCCACGGGGGCAUCUCCGACACCACAGACCUCGGUGUCCUGGCCAAACUGGACAGACAUAGCUACGUCUCGGCGCUGAGGCCUCCGAAGAGGAGGAACCAGAUCUGCUCGACGAGUUCCGUGGACACCGACGUGGACGAGGAGGCCUGGAACAGCAGCAGGAUCUCCAACCGUCGGGCCUCCCUCACCUUUCCCAAACCCAUCAUCGCCCGGGAGAGCUUCCAGAACCGCUCCCUGCAGGACUUCUCCAACCACCUGAAGGUGAACACGGAGGAGAAGCAGGAGGGCCAGGGCACCAAACCGGCCACGUCCCAGAGAGAGGCCGUGUCCACGUCCAGUGAGUCUAUCCUGGACCUGCUGUGGAGUGACCCGAUGCCUCAGAACGGCUGCAUGCCCAACGAGGUGCGGGGCGGAGGCUGCUACUGGGGCCCCGACGUCACCGAGGACUUCCUGAGCCGACACAACCUGCAGCUCCUCAUCCGCUCCCACGAGUGCAAACAGGACGGUUAUGAGUUCUGCCACAACCGGAAGGUCCUCACUCUGUUCUCCGCCUCCAACUACUACGACGUGGGGAGCAACAGGGGGGCCUAUGUGAAAGUGGGCCCAGACCUCGUGCCUUAUUUGGUCCAGUACCAGGCCAGCAGCAUGACCAGGGAGCUCACCGCGAGACAAAGUGUCGGACGCACCGAGCGCUCAGCCCUCAAAGUCCUGCGGGAGCAGCUGUUUGCGCACAAGUCUGACCUCAUCUGUGCCUUCAAAAAGUUCGACACAGAGGGCUCAGGCUUGGUGUCUCUGAGCGACUGGGCGGCGGCGGUGGAGAGUGUGAUGCACCUGAAUCUGCCCUGGAGGAUGCUGCGCUCCCAGCUGGUCAUCUGCAAGACCAGCAACGGCAUGAUCAACUACCACGACUGGUUCCACGAGCUGGCCAUCAAGGAGCCCAACGCGGACCACAUUGAACAGAGCCUGCUGGAAACACUGUACCGCCAUCGCUCCACCCUGGAGACAAUUUUCCGGAUUGUAGACACGGAUAACUCAGGCUUCAUCACCAUGGAGGACUUCCGGCAGACCUGGAAGCUGCUGAGCUCCUACUUAAAGAUGGAGAUCACGGACGACGCCAUCUCCGACCUGGCCGUGACCAUCGACAGCAACCAGGACGGCAGCAUCGACAUCGACGAGUUCAUGGAGGCCUUCCGGCUCACCGACAAGAAGAGCCGGCUGGAGCGGGGGCGCAGCAUGUUCAUGGGCACGGCCACCGACCUCACCAAGCUGGAGGGGGACCCCAACGUGUGAGCGGAGGGAGCUGAGAACAGAGCCCUGGGCGGGGAGGGCUGAAGCUGCCGGGAUGACGCACGCGAAGACGCAGGACGCUGCGCGGCGACAGCUGCGUGGAUCAGAGGGGAUUAGCGAGAGGUUAAAGACAAAAGUGUUGAAGAGCAAAGGUCGCUCCCGCGUCGGGAUGCCAAGAAGGGAAAAUGUCGCACGAAAGAAAUGUGUCUCUCGCGUCGGGUAGAGUAGUUACAGAUGUCAACGGAAACUAAAGAGCAUCGUGCUCGAACCAAUCCAGUAGUAGGAAAGCAAUGUCAGACACUGGGAUGAUUUUCUACAUGCAAAAGUGACCGCAAGCGGACUCCUGUUGGCUUACCGUCAAAUCCCCGUCAGAACAAAGACUGAUCAUCACUGUGCAAGAACUCAAGGCCUGCGUCCUCUGCAGGACUGAGGACACAUUAGAGACUUAAAUACACUGACAGGAAAAGAAAAUAUGUCUAGAACACUUCAAAUCAGAUAGU